AUCAUCAAAUGCGGUCAAUUUGCAUAUCUCUGUAAUAUAGUUUUUGAUGUGUAGUGUACCAAAGCAAACAUAGUUUGCUUCUUGUUGUUCUAGCGAGUUUGAAGGGGUGCUUUGGAUAGGAAAACCUGGCGAUUUUGUAUAGUUGUUGGCAGAUAUAAUUGUCACCUCUACCAGUGCUGAAUUGGUCCUUGGAGCAAUGGGGUGUAGAUGGAAUCCAAUUGGAUUCCAGUUCUACUGCUUCUUAAUUGUGAUUUUUGGUCUACUGAUUCAAGGGGCUUUGUCCCUUAACUCUGAAGGAUUGGCUUUGUUAGAAUUCCGGUCAAGAAUUUACUCUGAUCCCAACGGUGCUGUUGCUAAUUGGAAUCCCCAUGAUGGUAAUCCCUGCUUGUGGUUUGGGGUGCAUUGUACGGAUGGUAAAGUGCAAAUGCUGGAUCUGAGUAAGCUCUCUUUGGAAGGGAAUUUGGUGCCUGAGCUUGGGAAACUUCACAACCUAAGAUCUCUUGUGCUCUAUAAAAAUCGGUUUUCUGGUACCAUUCCAAAGGAGUUUGGAGGGCUUACAGAGCUGCAGUUAUUAGAUUUGAGGGAGAAUAACUUGGGUGGUAGAAUUCCUGGAGAGAUAGGCAGUUUGCUGUCUCUGAAACACUUGUUGCUUUGUGACAAUAAAUUUGAAGGGAGCAUUCCUUUGGAUCUUGGGAGGCUCAAAAUGCUCUCUGAAAUGCAGUUUGAUAUAAACCUUACAUACUCAGCAGAUAGUGGAAUUGGCUGCAUGAAUAGAAAGGUUGGACACUGCAUCUGGCAUAGCAGUUUGAACCAACUAAACAAAGCAGAAUCCUUUUUUUCGGUACAUAACAAGGCAGAAUCCUUGUUAAUCCUAAUCAAAGGAGCAAUUUUACGUUACCUCAGCAUUUUGCCACUGCACCUGUAUGAAUAUAUCAAGUUCAAGUUGCAAAAGGAUUCACUGGCUGAACCUCAAGACUAUCCUGAUGUUACCGGUUCAUCUGAGCAACACAUGGUGCAGAAUGUAAAGAAUAUUGUCCACAUUGUACGUCGUAGACUGCUUGAGCAGACUCAGAACCUCCCAGCUGCACCUGCUGAAGGUGAGUCACCUGCUGACCAGAUCGUUGCUCUCCCAAUAACCCGAAGCAGUGGGAGUUUCCCAGCUGUGCCUAGUGCAACCAAUAAACAGUCUCCACCUGCACCACAUGAUUCUCCAGUACAAGGGACUACUUCAGGCCAGUCUUCUCAAACCUCUAAUGGAGCCAGUCAACAGCCUCCAUCUCCUCAAACCUCUACUGAAGCCAGUCAACAGGCUUCAUCACCUGCGAACUUAUGGAAAUAUCUCAUUAUCAUUCCUUGUGCGGCUGUCUUGCUCAUUGCUCUGCUCAUGCUCAUCCUAUGCCGAAAACGAGCAGUGAAAGCCAUUGGUCCCUGGAAAACUGGAUUAAGUGGACAGUUGCAGAAAGCAUUUGUCACAGGGGUGCCAAAGCUGAACCGGGCAGAGCUUGAAACAGCCUGUGAGGACUUUAGCAAUAUCAUUGACACCUUUGAAGAUUGUACCGUGUACAAAGGAACACUGUCCAGUGGAGUUGAGAUUGCUGUUGCAUCAACUUCUAUUACCUCUUACAAAGACUGGUCAAAGAACUCAGAGAUUACCUACCGGAAAAAGAUUAAUAUACUAUCACGUGUUAACCAUAAGAACUUCGUCAAUCUUAUUGGCUACUGUGAGGAGAACCAACCAUUCAACAGAAUGAUGGUGUUUGAAUAUGCUCCUAAUGGAACCCUUUAUGAGCAUCUGCACGUUAAAGAAACGGAACAUCUUGACUGGAACGCGAGGAUGAGGAUUGUCAUGGGGAUAGCUUACUGUCUUCAGUAUAUGCACCAUGAACUUAAUCCUCCUGUAGCACACUCACACCUGACUUCAAGUGUUACCUUUUUAACGGAUGAUUAUGCUGGAAAGCUUGCAGAAAGAGCCUUUGGUCGACUUGUCACCGCUAAGGCAAAGACAUCCGGUCAUGAUGAAUCAGAAUUGCCACCCAACGCUGAUCAAGAAACGAAUGUCUAUAGUUUUGGAAUCUUGUUGCUCGAAGUCAUUUCUGGAAGACUUCCUUACUCAGAAGAACAGGGGCCUCUUGAGAAAUGGGCAUCUCAGUAUCUGAAUGACAAGAAGAGCAUCAGUUACAUGAUCGAUCCAACCCUUAAAUCCUUCAAAAACAACGAGCUUGAUGUCAUUUGCGAGGUUAUACAAGAGUGCAUUCAACCUGAUCCAGGGCAGAGACCAACAAUCAAGGAUGUCAUUUCCAAAUUGAGGCAAGAGAUUACCAUCACACCUGAUCAAGCUACCCCAAAACUUUCCCCACUGUGGUGGGCUGAGCUUGAGAUUUUAUCCGUGGAGGCAACUUAACCAAAAAAAAAACUUCUCUCUGACCCAUCUUCUGUGUUGUAAGUCAAGUCUCUCUCUGUUUUGCUCUGUAUCCCCAAAAAAAACCCCCCAACGAAUAGCAUUUUGAUCCAUGCUAGCCCACUAUGAACUAAUUCCUUAUACCUCAUUUUCUUCAUUUUGAGUGAUUUCUCUCAUUUCUCCCCAGCAAUUAAAAAGAAAAAAGUGUGUUUCUAUUUAUGCUAUAGUUGUAUAUCUGUCCAGAGGUCAGAGUCUGUGUUAUAAAAAAAACUAACAUAG